AUGCAAUUCACUUCAUUAGUCACCGUCGCCAGCUUGUCUGCUUUUGCUUCAGCCGCUGCUUAUGCCAACGGUACUGUCGUCACUGUUGAUGUUACUGUAACCGGAUACACCACCUACUGUCCAGAACCAACCACCUUGACCAUUACUGUUUGUGACCAGGAUAUUUGUAAAGCCAGUGAAAUUGAGGUCAAUGAGCCAAAGACCAUCACUGUUACUGAGGAAUGUGUCAUCCCAACUUCAUACACCACCAAUGAAAUUACCAUCACAAAGACCGUUUGUGAUGAAUGUGAAAAGACUGCUGCUCCUGAAGAAGAAGAAGCUCCUGCUAAAGCCGCUCCAGCUGAAUCCGAAGCACCAUCUUCAGUAGCUGUUGCUCCACUUGAAAUUGAUACCACUUCUACCGUCUAUCAAAAUGUCACCUCAUACGAAGGUGCCGGUGCUAAGAAUGCCGCUGGUGUUGCUGCAGGUUUGGUUGCUAUUGCUGCUGCUUUGUUGUAA